CGUCAUUCCGGGCCAGGCGGCCCCGCCCUUCCCAAGAUGGCGCUGUACUCCGUGCGGAAGGCGCGUGAGUGCUGGAGCUUCAUCCGGGCACUUCACAAAGGACCCGCAGCUACUCCUGCUCCCCAGAAGGACAGUGUGGAACGAGUGUUUUCUGGCAUCCAGCCUACAGGAAUCCCCCACCUGGGAAAUUACCUUGGAGCCAUUGAGAGCUGGGUGAAGUUGCAGGAGGAAUAUGACACGGUGUUAUACAGCAUUGUUGACCUCCACUCCAUCACCAUCCCCCAAGACCCCAGCAUUCUCCAGCAAAGCAUACUGGACAUGACUGCUGUUCUUCUUGCCUGUGGCAUAAACCCAGAGAAAAGUAUCCUUUUCCAGCAGUCUCAGGUGUCUGAGCACACUCAAUUAAGUUGGAUCCUCACCUGCAUGGUCAGACUGCCUCGACUACAGCAUUUACACCAGUGGAAGGCUAAGGCUGCAAAGCAGAAGCAUGGAACAGUAGGCCUGCUCACGUACCCAGUCCUGCAGGCGGCAGACAUUCUGUGCUACAAGUCCACACACGUUCCUGUCGGAGAGGAUCAAGUCCAGCACAUGGAACUAGUUCAGGAUCUAGCUCGAAGUUUCAACAAAAAGUAUGGGGAGUUCUUUCCACUGCCCAAGUCCAUUCUCACACCCAUGAAGAAAGUGAAAUCCCUCCGUGACCCCUCAGUCAAAAUGUCAAAAUCGGACCCCGACAAACUGGCCACUGUUGGAAUAACAGACAGCCCAGAGGAGAUUGUGCAGAAAUUCCGCAAGGCUGUGACAGACUUUACGUCAGAGGUCACCUAUGAGCCAGACAGCAGAGCUGGUGUCUCCAACAUGGUGGCAAUCCAUGCAGCGGUGUCAGGGCUCUCAGUGGAGGAGGUGGUGCGCAGCAGUGCAGGCAUGGACACUGCACGUUACAAGCUGCUGGUGGCAGAUGCUGUGAUUGAGAAAUUUGCUCCAAUCAGGAGUGAAAUUGAGAAACUAAAAAUGGAUAAGGACCAUUUAAAGAAGGUUUUACUUGUUGGGUCUGCAAAAGCCAAAGAAUUAGCCUGUCCUGUGUUUGAGGAGGUGAAGAAAUUGGUGGGGAUUCUAUAGGAAGUCAGCCAGUUGCUACACUCCUUCAAGGCAACUUCCCGCUGGCAGAUUUUAGUCUGUACAUACUUGGUUUGAUGGUUAGCUUCAUUUGAUGAAUGCUUCCAAUCCGUGUUCCGAUUCCAUCAGCAAAUGGUCUAAUGAGGAGAGCACAGCUCUCUAUACCCCAGUUAACUGAGGUACAUUUUGGGGUCUGAAGUAUUCCUACAUACUUGACAGCUAAACAGUGACU